AUGGAACUAGACACUAAUGUGAUACACAUUGCUAGAGAUGUAGUCUUCCAUGAAGACACCUUCCUUUUUAGUAACAUAAAACAUGAGGAUUAUUCCUGCCCCUUACCCACUGUUAGUGAAGAGGAAAAUGAUGAAAAUAUCCAGAAAGCUGAACAGAUGGUUGAACCUCAAGAAAACACUACAGCCCUUAGAAGAUCCACUAGAACUACUUAUAAGCCUGUGUGGAUGAAAGACUUUCCUGUCAUUGCUACUGCUCAACGACAUCUGGAAUGGAGAAAUGCAAUGAAACAAGAGAUUGAUGCAUUAGAGAAAAACAAAACUUGGGAGCUAUCCACCUUGCCAAAGGGAAAGAACCGAAUAGGGUGCAAAUGGGUCUUCAAGACCAUACUCAAGCCAAAUGGAAGUGUGGAACGAUAUAAAGCAAGGUUGGUGGCAAAGGGAUUCAACCAAGUUGAAGGUGAGGAUUACAGUGACUGUUUUGCCACAGUCGUAAAAACAGUCACUGUAAGGACACUCCUUGCUGCUGCUGUAGCAAAAGGGAAACCAACUCUAACACCUCUGCCUCCUGGGCUAAGUUUUCCCUUAGAAUCUGGGAAGCCUUUGAAAGAAGCAAGCAGAUACAGAAGGCUCAUAGGGAGAUUGCUAUACCUUGGCUUCACAAGACCGGAUAUCUAUUUUUUCGCACAACAGUUGAGCCAAUUUGUUCAAGAACCCUGUGAAGAGCAUUGGCAUGCUGCCAUUUACUUGAUCAGAUACUUGAAAGGAAACCCCACAUUAGGCUUGUUUUACUCAGCCAAUAAUAAGCUUAAUCUCACAGCUUUCUCUGAUGCAGAUUGGGCAACCUGCAAGAGGACUAGGAGAUCAACCACUGGAUAUUGCAUCUUUAUGGGUGCUAGUCCUAUUUCAUGGAAAUCUAAGAAGCAAACUACAGUCUCUAGGUCCUCAGCUGAAGCAGAGUACAGGAGCAUGGCUGCUACUGUGUGCGAAAUCAUUUGGGUGAAAUAA